GACUGCGUCUUGAAUUCAUUCCUCGAACGUAUUGUGCUUUUGUAUCCUUCACUCGAUCUGUCGUCCUCUUGCUCCACGAUGUCCGUCGGUUCGGAUUCGCAGUCAAGCUCGCAACAUCUCUCGUCCUCGCAAGCGUCAUUGAAUCAGUCUAGCAAGCGCACGACAUCCGAGAUCUCCAAAAUCUACAAGCAUGCUUCGCAGCUAUUCCUAACUCGACGUUUGCUAGAAGCAUACGAUGCUCUUCAGCCUAUCGUCACGCCGCCUGGAAACAAGAGGCCAGAUGACAGCCCUGCUCAAGCUCCGGUCGCGACCGCAACGACAAGUCAGCGCAUCAAAAUCUGGAGCUUGUACGUCACUCUACUGAACUCCAUCGUGGACCUUGGCUACGAGGAGGGUGCGAAUAUAUUUGGUCCCAAACCCUACAGCGACAUCGUUCGGAAUGUGAGGAAUGGCAAUAUCUGGGAUCAGGUCAUCAAGGAUGGCUAUCAGGGACGAGAAGGUUCGGUGGAUGCUGAAGUGGUCUACAAUUUGUACAACCAAACCCCAUCCAUUCUCUAGACCUGCUGUUAGACGCACACAGACUGACGGUUCUUGCAGAUCCAAUCUUCUCCUCGGACAAGCGCCAGACCAGAAAACGAACCAAGCCCGACUCGAAACCUACCUUUCCUCAUCGCAGAACGACCUCGAUUUCUCGACCCACCUCAGCAAUGCCCUCAGUAACGGCCGUCAACCAGGCAUGAACGGCACAAACACGCCAAAGGAUCUGGCGUCUCGGAUCAAAGUGCUUGAGCUGUUCACGCUUCACGUACUGCCGCGGAACGAAGAGUGGGACUAUGCCAAAAGUUUCAUAUCCAACAGCGAUUUCUUGGACGAGGAGCGACGCGAGGCCUUCAUGCAGACGUUACAGGAACUUCAGGAAGCGAGUGAAGGGCGCGACAACGUCGGAGAAGCAGAAGACGAAGAAGAAGACGAAGAGGUGUUUGAAGAUACCGAGGAAGACGCACACUCACAUGAAACAACCCCUCUCGAACAAAGCCAGCUGCGCGAGCAGACACAAGUACAGUCGAAACCAACGUCAAAGCACCAGAGGACGAGUAGUGAAGUCGAUUACGGGAUCGAGAAGGAGCACCCUAGUGGCACACACAUUACUACUGCUAGCACCACGGCACAAGGAGGAAAACUACCAAAAGACGCGCCACCAAUGACCAAGAUCCCUCCCCAGCCGAUGCCGUCCUCUUCGUCACCACCGCGACACCAACCUGCACCACCUGCAGCCUCUUCUGGCCGAAGUACAAUGUCGCCUCCAUCUUCACAGACACCCCGGCGCUCCACUCGGAAACCCAAGGCCACAAAGCAGAACGCCAUGCUCGCGCAGGCCCGUCUACUGUUUUCCGCGCUCUCGAAUCUUGCUCGCAACCUGGCCGGUACGAUAUCGAAAAACCCUACGAAUAUUCUGAGGAUGUUGUUGUUCAUAUUGGCAUUUAUAAUGGCAUUCAGCCAGAGGCACAUCAGGGAAAAGGCAAGGUCGUUGGCGAACACUAGCUGGAACAAGGUCAGAGCAACAAUUGGCAUGGGCACGAAAGUCAGUUAUAUCUAGGUUGCACGCACAAAGCACCGCGGCUCUGUCUAUGUGUGUAUCUUUGGAAGCAGCUUCUGGAUGUAUGUGUUACGACUGUUGGGAAGCGGGCCGCGUUUAGUCGUCGUCGUUUGUAGGCACAAUGAUAUGGAAUGCUUAAAAACCCAGUUACUUA